AUGGAUGAAGAAAUACCGGUUCGAGGACGGUCAAGAGCAGAAGGGAGGACUAUUACUAAUCUUCAUCAUUACUGUGCAGAGAUUUUUUAUGUAGCUAUUGACAAAAUAUGUGUCGAAAUAGAUCACCGAUUUAGUGAAGGAAGUAACAUUAUCCUUGAUUGCUUCUCAUGUCUUGACCCCGAGAAUUUUUUCUCCAAGUUUUAUGUUGAUAAGCUUGCUCGUCUUGCUGAUAUUUAUCAUGAAGACUUUUCUGAUGAUGACCGGGGAACAAUAAGGGAUCAACUUGAAACUUAUGUUCUUCAAGUGAAAAGAAAUGCUUCAUUUUCCACUUGUGAAGGUGUUCAAACUUUGAUAUUACCGGUGUCGACAACAUCCGUUGAAAGAGCCUUUUCAGCAAUGAAGAUUAUCAAGUCUAAAUUGCACAGUAAUAUCAAUGACGUGUGGUUCAAUGACUUGAUGCUCGGAGAACUUAUCAAAUUUCAAAGAGUUGAUGAUGAGGGAAUUCGAAAUGUCGAAGAAAGGUAUGGUGAUGCAUCAAAGGAAUUAUGUCAAAGAGAUACUCAAGAGAUUCAGAAUGGAUGA